CAAUCACCUCAACUUACACGUCACACGCGACCUGCCAUUCUUUUUUCGUUCUUUUCUUUCCUUUUUCGAUUCGGGUCACCUUCGAAUCAGCAAGCAUGCCGCCAUACACCAGUGCUCAGAAGCAAUCCAUAAGCCAGUUUGUGAGUUUAACGCAGGAAAAGGACUCGGUUGCGGCAAAGCACCUGCGCGCCAGUGGAUGGAAUGUUGAACAGGCUAUCGAUGCAUACUUUGGAAAUCCAGCCAAAUCAGGGUCUUCAUCCACCAUCACAGCACUAAAUAAAAUUUUCGACAGCUAUAGAGAUGACCCCGCUGAAAACCCCGAUACCAUCGGCAUCGAAGGCGCCAUGAAGUUCCUAGAAGAAAUCCAAGUACGCCUAGACGAGGUCGCGUGUUUGGGGAUCGCCGAGCUCUUGAAAUCACCCAGCAUGGGCGAAUUUACGCGUGAGGGAUUUGUUGAGGGGUGGAAAAGCGCUGGAGUUGACUCAAUACCCCGAAUGAUCUCCCAUGCCUCGUCCCUCCGCAAACGCAUCCCUACACACCCAGACACCUUCCGACGAGUAUAUCGCUACGCCUUCCCGUUGUGUCGCAUGCAGGGCCAACGCAAUCUGACCUUCGAAAUCGCCUCGGAACAGUGGCAGCUAUUCUUCACGAGCGACAAUGGUGGCAUCGAGUGGAACACCGCGACUACACCGUGGCUAGACUGGUAUAUUGAGUUCCUCGAAGCCAAGGGGGCGCGUGUGGUCAACAAAGAUUUGUGGGAGCAAACAGAGGUGUUUUUGCGCAAGUCGCAGGAAGAUGAGGAUUUUGGAUGGUGGAGUCCUGAUGGUGCGUGGCCGGGGACGUUGGACGAUUUUGUCACGUAUGUACAGCAGGAUAAGCGUGGUGGGAAGACAAAAACGGAGAAGAUGGAUGUGGAAUAGAAUUUAGCAUCAAGGAGAAAUUAAAUUAUCCUUACAUUUAAAAAGCGUAGCAUGAAAGGAUAUUAUCGAUUGUACCAGGCUCUUCGUCUUACACCAGCUUAAAAGACAUUGCUCUGUUUCAACAGCCAGAAUAAGUUUUUAUAUUCAAGAUCCUAACCCGUAGUGGAUCAGAUAUUUGUAUAUCCCGGAAUAAUUGUGAUCAGUGAUAACUGAUUUUCCUUCGA